GGGAACUUGGAUCAAAACGCUGAAUGAAGAUUCGGGAAGAUUGGAAGCUAUUGUAACUGUUAUAAGAUUGCCCCGGAAAUAGUUUGUACCUCAGAGACACUGGAUCUUUAUAAAUUGUAAUCAGGAUGGAGCCAGAACUGUCUGAACGCUAUGACCAUGCCCUUCUUGGAAUUCUACAGCACGUUGGAAACAUCCAGGACUUUCUAAAUAUUUAUUUUGGCUUCCUAUAUCGUAAGACUGAUUUUUACAGGCUUCUUCUCAACCCCCAGGAUCGCUUGGGAUUUCCCCCAGGCAUUGCUCAAAAUAUGGUAUUACAGACAUUCAAAAUGUACGAGCAGCUGGCGCUAAAGGAUCACGAGAAGAGAGUACAAGGGCUGCAGGAAAAACUUAUGAAGAAGGUUGAGGAGAGGGGUACAGAGAAGGGCACACUACCGCCAACUCAGGAAGUGGUCAUAGAGACAGAAACUGUGGAGGUAUCUACUCAGCAAGAAAAAAAGGAGGCUGAGGCCGAUUCAAGAUUGCUGGAGGCUGGGGAAAAAACAAAAGAAGCAGAGGUCAGUGAAGACUCAACAGGAGCAGCAGCUGCGGAACACAAGGCCGAAGAUGAUUUCCAAGAAGACUCUGACAGUUACAAUGGAGCUGUUCGUAAAAACUACAUAUGGUCUCAGGACUACUCAGAUAUAGAGAUUAAAGUCCCAGUGCCUAAAGACAUUGUGAAAGGCCGGCAGGUGGUGGUAGAUCUGUGCAGUACUUGUAUUCGUGUUGCUCUAAAAGAUGGAGGAGGAGAACGUGUCUUGAUGGAGGGAGACUUUACACACAAAAUAAAUGCAGAGACCUCCCUCUGGAGUCUGGAACCUGGAAAGUGCAUUGCGAUUAGUCUGAGCAAGUGUGGAGAGUAUUGGUGGAACGCUAUUUUGGAAGGGGAAGAAACGAUAGACAUUGACAAGAUUAACAAAGAACGCAGCAUGGCAUCUGUUGACGAAGAAGAGCAUGCAGUGCUGGAUCGCUUAACCUUUGACUACCACCAGAAACUGCAGGGGAAACCCCAGAGCCAUGAGAUGAAAGUCCAUGACAUGCUGAAGAAGGGCUGGGACGCAGAUGGGUCACCAUUUAGGGGACAGAAAUUUGACCCAUCCAUGUUUAACAUCUCACCUGGGGCUGUGCAGUUUUGAGAAGAAAGGAGUGUCUAAUGAUUCUCCUAGUUUAUCCCAACUAUUGCUAAAAAUACGGUGUCACAUCUGGGAAUUUGAAUCCCUAUUUAAAGCCGCUCUUUUAACACAGCUGAGACCUUGGAACGGUGUGAUUUCUUCGGAUGGCUAACUUCUGCCUAAUAACAUUUUGUGUUCACCAAGCAUUUGCACAUGUCAGGUUCCUCUCUCUUUCUGUCUAUAUUGAUUCUCUGAGAAGGACACCAUAGGGAGAUUCUAAAGACAUUUUGUGUUUGUUAAAUAUUUCCCCGUCCAGAGGAUCUACAUAAAUGAAUUGUGAAAUGUAUUUGCAGGCAUUUGUGUUACUUGUAGGAAAACAGCUAAAGGAACUGUAAACACCUUGAGUUACCUUCAUAUAAAAUGUUUAGCUAUACAUAGUAAAACAACUUUGCAAUAUAAUUUUAUUAUAUAUUUUGCUUUUUUUCAUGCAACUUUUAGCUCUGAAAAUUGUGGAUUUUCUAAUUCACAGAACUGGAAACGCACACUUCAGACUUUGCAAGGCUAAACCUGGUACAUACAUAUCCCCUUAUUGGUUUUAGCAAACAAUAUUCAGUUUAUACUAAUACAAUGACUGUGCCUUACUUAUUUCCACCAGAUAAGGCUAGUGGGUGUGAAGUGUGGCUACUAAGAAACGAUUGCAGCAAACAAAAUGUAAAUUUGUUUUAAAAAUGUUUAGACUGAUGUGAUGUGUUAUUCUUUUGCAUGACGUACCUUGAAAUUACAAGGUGUUUAGUGGUCUUUUAAAGAAACUCCAGAAAUGUUAUUGACUUUCCUGGAAACGCAUUCAUUUCUAUUAUUAUAUUACAAUUAUUUUGUGUGUAGUUGUUUAACCUCUUCACGCCGUUAGAACGUUCCAUGCCGGCCUAACAGCGCUGGAUUUUUAACGCCUUUAGGAUGGCAUGGAACGUCCUACAAUACAUGGCAUACUGCAGCUUUCACCUUUGAUGAAGGCAAGGAUCGGCCUGGGGGUAGUGCUUAGCCACGUAGGCCUUUUCCCCCAUGAUCCGAUCCAAGCCUUGAAAUCACGCAAUCACAUGGAUUUUUACUAAUAGUGUUACAUCGGAACUUUGUUCCGAUGUGAACACUAUUGUACCGCCACGUAGGGGUUAAUAUCUGGUACUUUCAUAACAUUUCUUUAAAGUCAUAAUAUCAUUAUCAAAUAGAUACACUGGAUCAGCAAUUUACUUUUCUGUAAAGUAGCUUAUAAUCAAUUUGACCACAAAUGAAUUCACUGUAACUUAAAGAAAAACAAAAACGGACACUUGUAUUAUAAAACAUUUUAAAACAG